GGCGCUCCCGGCGGCGCCCGCCGGUGCAGCGGGGGCGGGGUCAGCGGCCGGGCGGGGCUGGGCUCUGGCUCAGCACUCCCUCCGUGGCCGCCGAGCCGAGCGGAUGCCCCCCACCCGGGGCCCAUCUCCCUUAUCAUGACCGGGCCCCUGGAGGUGACGGCACGGACACGAUGCCCCAAGGAGAAUCAGAGGGCGGCGUAGACGGCGGCGGCGACGGGGAGGAGGUACCCACGCUCAUCCCAGAUGGGGAGCCGCUGAGGGAAGAGCAGCGGCCCCUGAAGCAGUCUUUGGGAGUUUCCCUUUGCCGGGAGUCCCAUUGGAAGUGCCUCUUGCUCACCCUCCUCAUCCAUUCCUGUGGGGCUGUGGUGGCCUGGUGCUGGCUGGCCACCGUACCCCGUCUGGCCAUAGGCACUGGCCUUUCCCAUGGGACCCCCACCACCUACCAGGCCAGUCCGUGCUCAGAUGGCUACCUGUACAUCCCACUGGCCUUCGUCUCCCUCCUCUACCUCCUGUACCUGGCUGAGUGCUGGCACUGCCACAUGAGGGCCUCCAGGGCACCACGCACAGAUGUGGUCACAGUGCUGGCCCUGAUCCGCCGCCUCCAGCAGGCCCCACCCUGUGUCUGGUGGAAGGCCACCAGCUACCAUUACGUUCGACGAACCAGACAGAUAACCCGCUACCGCAACGGCGACGCAUACACCACAACCCAGGUCUACCACGAGCGGGCCGAUAGCCGGACAGCACGGGGCGAAUUCGACUAUUCUGCCCAUGGUGUCCGAGAUGUGUCCAAAGAGCUAGUGGGGCUGUCAGAACACCCUGCUACCCGCCUGCGCUUUACCAAGUGUUUCAGCUUUGGAAGCGCGGAAGCCGAGGCAGCAUACCUCACUCAGAGGGCCCGGUUCUUUGGCGCCAAUGAGGGCCUCGAUGACUACCUGGAGGCCCGGGAAGGGAUGCAUCUGAAGGAUGUGGACUUCCGAGAGUCGCUAAUGGUGUUUGCAGAUCCCCGCAGCCCCCCCUGGUAUGCCCGGGCCUGGGUGUUCUGGCUGGUAUCUGUGGCCACCCUGUCGUGGCCGCUGCGUGUGGUGGCUGCCUAUGGCACAGCCCAUGUCCACUACCAGGUGGAGAAGCUGUUUGGGGCCAGCUCGCCCCCACCCGGCCAUGCCCCUGGAGGCCCGUCACUAUCCCGAGUAGCCACUGUGGACUUCACAGAACUGGAGUGGCACAUUUGCUCAAAUCGGCAGCUGGUGCCCAGCUACUCAGAGGCCAUGCUGAUGGGCCCCGGCCCCACGGCCUACCUCAGAGGCUGCCAGCGCUGCCGCCGCUCCGUCAGCAGCAACUCGCUGCCCCCGUCGCGGGCUAGCGGGUCCCGCCUGCCCUUCAGCCGAAGCCGUCUUUCCCUGGGAGGUGGGAGCCGGGCCACGACAGGGGUCUUCCGAAGCCUGAGUGGGGGGCCGCUGGGUCGUCGGGGGGAAGACACAGAGCCCUUGGAGAGCCCCCCCUGCUACCAGGAUGCUCUCUACUUCCCUGUUCUCAUUGUUCACGGAGAUGGAGGUUGCCGGGGGGAUGGGCAAGGUGCAAUCUGAGUGCCCUGAGCAAAAGAUGGGUGUUGUGGCCACAAGGACUGGCAGAGGACCCACACACCCAGAACCCAGAUGAGUGAUUGAUUCCUGUAUGAACCAAAAUAGCAAAAGCACCGAGCAUUUGAGGGGAGCGACAGUCCAGUAGCUGUAGAAACCAAUGCCCAGGUGCCACUGGGGGAGGGGGCUUUGAACUAGCAGGGGAUGGUAGGGAGGCAGAGCUCCCCUGAGCUCUCUCCUGUGGACAUUCUUUCCCCUAAGGCUAAGGAGCCAUCUGAGGCCUUGCUACUGGUGACCCGGACGAUAUCAAGUACUGGGGCGGUCUUGGGGUGGGGGGUGGGCGUCCCCAGGGCAAUGUUACCUUUCCUUGGGGCCAAGGGCUCAUUUACCCCCCAGGGCAAAUGCCCCCUUUGCAGCUGGAGCUAGAAGUGGCUCCGGAGAAAUUCAAGCCCAGGCAAGGUGGGGCACCCCUAAACUGGGAGUUGAGAGCUCUGUUCCCCAAAGCUUCUGCUUCCCUGGUUCUUUGGGGACAGUGCCCCACCCUCCUUCCCUACGGUUCUAUCCUCAGAGAAGCACAAAAGGGGAGGAAUGGGGGAAGGGAGGUGAUGAGAGGCUUGGCCAGGCUGACCCAGAAGACCUAGUGCAAUGGCCUACGGCUCAUUCCCUCAGUCCCUGGGAGUCAGUACUGGUGAUGAGGCCAAUACCCGAAUCUGAGGCCUUCUGCAGACACCACCUCUGCCAGGACCACAUCAGCUCCUCUGAGCUCAGAGCUGGCUAGUCUUCCAGCACAGGCUAGGGGAAUUAGAGCCCCAACUGGGGGAAGGGCCAACCCAAGGGGCAGUCGCCUGGAUGCCCUAAUGGGGAGACACAGUGGACUAAGGCGGCAGGAGGUGGGCCACAACCCUACCUCUCUCUGGUUCAUGCUGUACCCCUUCCACAUCCCAUCCUCAGUCUUCCCCAGGGGACCCCUUCUCAGCCUGUUCCCGAAGCUCCCAGUCUCUAGCGCCCUGUCCCCUCACCACGAGGACCUCAAAGGGCAGCUCAGCCUGCCUCCUUCCUGUUCCCUCCAAUGGGACACAUUUUUUCCCUCUCGUCUCCUUUGUCAAGAUGCUCCUUCUCUUAACUGUCUUCUCUACCCCAAGGGAGUCAACUAUGGGGUGGGGGGUACUGGGGCAGCAUGUGGGCCACCCAAGGCUCUGAAAGCCCCCUCCCUUCUUUAAUGUCCCAACCCCAGCUAGGCCCCCCUGUCACCCAGGGGCAGCUUUGUCCAGGUGGACCCUGACGUAUCUGGAGAGGUUUCCCUCUCCUUGGAUGAUUCCUUUGCCUGUCCAAAGGCUGCCUGGAUGCCACAUGCUUCUGGGAGGACCCUCUAACGGUACUCUACAACCCUUUCUGGAGAGGCCUGGGCAUCACCCCAGGAUGAAGUUUACAAAGAAGACAAGGGAGAAAUAAAAGGUAUGAAACA